GUUAUCUGAAUCUCUUGAGUGUUUGAACUUUAUCCGUUUCCCGCGGAAUACAGAGGCUAGAAGGGUAAACUCUCAUUACUGGUAGUAAUGCAAAGAACAUGUCGUGGGAGUAGUCAGAGGCUCCCGCCAACCAAAUCGCCAGCAUAACCCCGAGGCGGCGACUUGCCCAUCAGGCUCUGUAAGCACUAACCGACGUAUCUCAGUUCCUCACCUGCUAGAAGUUCGCCUUCAGACUGCGUCGCAAAAAAGAAACAGAACACCAUGGCACCGAUUCGAGUAGGAUUGAUCGGGCUCUCCGGUCAGCCUAGGGAAAAAAGGGACGGUAUCUCGUGGGCUGAGAUUGCCCAUCUCCAAUACUUCAGAUCGACUGCUGAGUAUCAAAUCCGCGCAUUAUUGAACAGCUCCGUAGAGUCGGCCAGGGCAGCAAUUCAGAGACAUGAAUUAGCUGUCAAUACAAAGGCAUACGGUGAUCCGAAUGCUUUCGCAAAUGAUGACGAAAUUGACCUCAUUGUCUGCUGUGUGAGAGUGGAUAAACACUUUCAGACGGUAAAGCCAAGCAUUGUAGCGGGCAAGGCGGUCUAUGUAGAAUGGCCACUGGAGAGGAGUAUACAUGUGGCAAAAGAAAUGUGCGCACUAGUCGCGCUUCACAAUGCAAAGGCAAUUGUCGGUCUCCAAGCCUCCUUUUCACCUGUCAUUCGGAAAAUUAAACAAAUCAUUGACAGCGGAACAAUCGGGAGACUUCUCUCGAGCAGUGUUGUUGGGUCGCUGGGACACGGAGGCGCAACUGAGCCAAAGCCUACCUCCUUCUUUUUGGAUCGAGAGACUGGUGGAAAUUUGAUGAGCAUACAUGGUGCCCAUGCGUUAGAGUAUAUAAUAGCCGCUCUUGGUGACUUCACGACGUUCAAAGGUGCCUGCGCGAUACGAAGGCCCUUCAAGGAUAUCGUAGAUCCUAGAAAUGGGAAUCAAGUACUGGAAAAGGCUGUACGAAAUACAGUCCCAGACCAUCUCCUCAUUCACGGUACGGUGCUACCGUCGCAAGCUGUAGUAGCGAUUAUUUUCACCGGCGGCGAUGGAAUUCCAGGCCUACCUAUCUUGGAUUGGAGGAUUCAAGGCGAGUAUGGCUGGCUGAGAUUAACCUCCUCAUCAAUGGCGUUGAAUGUAGGAAGCCCUGAUACAAAGUUGGAGCUGUAUGAUGCCAGCGGUAAGGCGAGAGAGAUUGCACCGGAUGAGGACCAAUGGAGCAAGCUGCCAUUACCUGCGCAGAAUAUCGCCCGUCUGUACGAGGCUUAUCGGAAGAAGGACUGGUAUCCGGACUUCGAUUAUGCUAUCAAGAGACAUGAAUUGAUUGAGACUAUGUGGAGAGACUUUGAUCAAGCCGAGGGCAAGAAUCGCUAAAUGGCUCACCGGCAAGAGCUCUCUUUGGCCAGACAAAAUACAGAAUUCAACUUCAAUUGUCUGAAAUUUGAUUCAACCCACUAUGAAUGUAUCAAAAUCCCAAGCCUUCUUAUCUUUCUGCUCAUACCACUUAUACUCAUCGUAAGUUGUGACUUCCUUCUUAGCUUAGAGGCAAUAAUUUCCUCCAUGUGGGGCAAUGGAUACCGUUCAACCGAAUUGUUUAAAUUCUAUUCUAUACUGAAUUAUGUUAAUAUAUUAUUUUGAUCCUCCUACCUCCCA